AAAAUCCUCCUCCUCCGCCAUCAUCCGCCGCCGUGCGGGGAGCAGGGGGUGUCGGAGACGCGAGUGGCGAGAACUGCCGAGAGAGCUUACGGAAGAGCGGGCGGGUAUCGGGACCUGUGGGCUCGGAGGCGGCGACCCCGACCUGACCUGACCCGGACCCUAAAUCAUUUCCCGCCCCCGCCGGGCGGACGCGCGCGCUCAGGUUGUCCCACGCGGCGGCGCCGCCUGUUUACGUUUGCAGAUUUCCAGGGGAGCCCAGCAACGUGACCAGCAUGGCCUCUGAAGACAUUGCCAAGCUAGCAGAGACGCUUGCCAAAACCCAGGUGGCCGGGGGACAGCUGAGCUUCAAGGGCAAGAGCCUCAAACUCAACACUGCAGAAGAUGCCAAAGACGUGAUUAAAGAGAUUGAAGACUUUGAUGGUUUAGAGGCUCUGCGCCUGGAGGGCAACACGGUGGGCGUGGAGGCAGCCAGGGUCAUCGCCAAGGCCUUGGAGAAGAAGUCAGAGUUGAAGCGAUGCCACUGGAGCGACAUGUUCACUGGGAGGCUGCGAUCCGAGAUCCCGCCAGCUCUGACCUCACUAGGAGAGGGACUCAUCACCGCCGGGGCGCAGCUGGUGGAGCUGGACCUGAGCGACAACGCCUUCGGGCCCGACGGUGUGCGAGGCUUUGAGGCCCUGCUCAAGAGCUCCGCCUGCUUCACCCUCCACGAGCUCAAGCUCAACAACUGUGGCAUGGGCAUCGGCGGCGGCAAGAUCCUAGCAGCGGCUCUGACUGAGUGUCACCGGAAAUCCAGUGCCCAAGGCAAGCCGCUGGGCCUGAAGGUCUUCGUGGCUGGCAGAAACCGUCUGGAGAACGAUGGAGCCACUGCCUUGGCAGAAGCUUUCGGGAUCAUUGGGACUCUGGAGGAGGUCCACAUGCCUCAGAAUGGCAUCAAUCACCCCGGCGUCACGGCCCUGGCCCAGGCUUUCGCCAUCAACCCCCUGCUGCGUGUCAUCAACCUGAACGACAACACCUUCACCGAGAAGGGCGCCGUGGCUAUGGCCAAGACGCUGAAGACCUUGCGGCAGGUGGAGGUGAUCAACUUCGGGGACUGCCUGGUGCGCUCCAAGGGCGCCGUCGCCAUCGCAGAGGCCGUGCGCGGGGGCCUGCCCAAGCUGAAGGAGCUGAACUUGUCGUUCUGUGAAAUCAAGAGAGAUGCUGCUCUGGCUGUUGCCGAGGCCGUGGCGGACAAGACCGAGCUGGAGAAGCUGGACCUCAAUGGCAACAUACUGGGAGAAGAGGGCUGCGAGCAGCUUCAGGAAGUGCUGGAUGGCUUCAACAUGGCCAAGGUGCUGGCCUCCCUCAGCGAUGACGAGGGCGAGGAUGAUGAGGAGGAGGAGGAAGAGGAGGAGGAAGAGGAAGGGGAAGAGGAGGAGGAAGAGGAAGAAGAAGAAGAGGAGGAGGAGGAAGAGGAGGAGGAGGAGGAAGAGCCACAGCAGGGGCAAGGAGAGGAGCCAUCCACACCGUCAAGGAAGAUUCUGGACCCGAACAGUGGAGAGCCGGCCCCCGUGCUGUCCACCCCACCGCCCGCAGACGUCUCCACGUUCCUGGCUUUCCCCUCUCCGGAGAAGCUGCUGCGCCUCGGACCCAAGAGCUCGGUGCUGAUAGCCCAGCAGACUGACACCUCUGACCCAGAAAAGGUGGUCUCCGCCUUCCUGAAGGUGUCCUCUGUGUUUAAGGACGAAGCCGCGGUGAGGACAGCUGUGCAGGACGCAGUAGAUGCCUUGAUGAAGAAGGCCUUCAGCGCCCCCUCCUUCAACUCCAACGCCUUCCUCACCCGGCUCCUCAUUCACAUGGGUCUGCUCAAGAGUGAAGACAAGAUCAAGGCCAUUGCCAACUUGUAUGGCCCUCUGAUGGCGCUGAACCACAUGGUGCAGCAAGACUACUUUCCCAAGGCCCUCGCACCCCUGCUGCUGGCAUUCGUGACCAAGCCCAAUGGUGCCCUGGAGUCCUGCUCCUUUGCCCGCCACAGUCUGCUGCAGACGCUGUACAAGGUCUAGAUGCGAAGCCAGCCUCCCCCGCCACCCCAGCCCGCGGCCUGGACCAGUGACUUGGGAAGGGACACGGAUGAAGGACUCUAGCCAGCCAGAGGCAGGGAGGGUCUUUGUUGCUUGUGUCGUGUCGGUCCCCGAGUGUGCGUGUCGGUGUGGUGCGUGUGCAGGUGUGCGCUUCCUGUCAGGGUUGGGGUUUUCAAUGUCUCCCUGCUGGACUGGCCCUGGUCCCACUGGAGGGGAGCUGGCCCCCCGAAAGGGCUGCAAGCUGCGCUGCCAUUAAACUCCUUGCCGUGUGAGGGCGCUCUGCUGAUCCGCGCCUCCAGCCCGAGGCCCCGGUGGCUGUCCUCUCCCACCUUGCCUUCCCUGCCCUGCUGGGCUGCCCCAAAGCCUGGGGAGCUGCUGUCUGUCUGCCAUCCCUUCCCUCUGUGUCUCGGCUGGGCUGCGUUUCCCGCCCUGCCUGGGGCUGCUCACUUAGUGGCUGACUUUGCCUCCUGUCACUAAGCCCUGGUCCCGUGGCCACUGCCAUCCACACUGUCCAUCACUGCUGGGCUGCUCUCUCGGCCUGGACUGCAAAGACUGCCACGGGCGUGGGCCGAUGGGACGGUCAGCAGAAGGCAAGACUCUGGUUCCCAGGCCAUAUGGACAGGAAGAGAAGCCGGUGGCAGACCCUGGGGGUCUAGGAGCAGGACUUGUUGGGUGGAUGGUGUGGGCUCCAGACCCAGUGGGGCCCAUGCCUUGCUGCUGAGAUGUCUGUGACUGGCCUGGGGGCCAUGCUGGAGGGUGCUUUUUGGCAGGCCCAAACCUGGUGUCUGCCCCCGGGGGCGGGGCCCACGGAGCCUGAGCUGUGGCUCAGAGGCUCCUAAAGGACCAGGACAGGGUGGGGACUGCGCUGGAGCCGCCCCUCCACACUCUGUGUUUUCCCCUUUGCGCUCUUUGUGUGUCUGGGCUGUGCCCGGGGCUUCACAAAUAAAGUCAUCUGUGGCAAGCA